GCUGCCGGUUUACGUGAUGACGUCGGAUGUAUAUGAGCGCAGGCGGCGGGAUCUCUCUCCCUUUUACCGCCAUCGGAGCGGAGUCUUUCUUCCCCGGGUCCUCUUCACUGCGCAGCGCCGCUUAGUCAGUCCAUCCGCCGGCAGAAAGCGAAGCAUCACUUGAGACUCGGCAAAGAUGGCAGACCUCGACAACAAAGACCAGGCUGAGCUGGACCCGGCAGAUAUGGAGGACGUGGAGGAAGUGGAGGAGGAAGAGACGGGAGAAGAUGAGAACAGCAAAGCUCGUCAGCUGACUGUGCAGAUGAUGCAGAACCCACAGAUCCUGGCUGCGCUGCAGGAGAGACUGGACGGUCUGACUGGCUCGCCAUCUGGCUACAUGGAGAGCUUACCAAAGGUUGUAAAGAGACGUGUGAACGCCCUCAAGAACCUGCAGGUCAAAUGUGCCCACAUUGAGGCAAAGUUCUACGAAGAAGUCCAUGAGCUGGAGAGAAAGUACGCAGCCCUUUACCAGCCUCUCUUUGACAAGCGAAGUGACAUCGUGAAAGCAGCGUAUGAGCCCACAGAUGAGGAGUGUGAAUGGAAGGCAGAUGAGGAGGAAGAGCUGACAGUAAGUAAGCAGGAUGAGAUGAAGGAGAAGGCAAAGUUGGAGGAAGAGAAGAAGGACGAGGAGAAGGAGGAUCCCAAAGGCAUUCCAGAGUUCUGGCUAACGGUCUUCAAAAACGUGGAUCUGCUCAGUGACAUGCUGCAGGAACACGAUGAACCCAUCCUAAAACAUUUACAAGACAUUAAAGUGAAGUUCUCAGAUCCCGGACAGCCCAUGAGUUUCACGUUAGAGUUCCUCUUCGAGGCCAAUGACUUCUUCACGAACACAGUGUUGACAAAAACCUACAAGAUGAGGUCAGAGCCGGACGAAAGCGACCCGUUCUCCUUUGAUGGGCCGGAGAUCAUGUGCUGCACAGGUUGCACCAUUGAGUGGACAAAGGGCAAGAACGUGACGCUGAAAACUAUCAAAAAGAAACAGAAGCACAAGGGCCGCGGCACAGUGAGGACGGUCACCAAAACCGUGCCAAACGACUCCUUCUUCAACUUUUUCACUCCGCCAGACGUUCCAGAAAAUGCAGAGUUGGACGAGGACUCUGAGGCUGUCCUCGCUGCAGACUUUGAAAUCGGCCACUUCAUCCGGGAACGUAUCGUACCUCGGGCCGUGCUCUACUUCACUGGGGAGGCAAUCGAGGACGACGAUGACGACUACGAUGAAGAGGGAGAGGAGGCUGACGAUGAGGAGGGAGAGGAGGAGGCUGAUGAAGAGAACGACCCAGACUACGAUCCAAAGGUUUAAGUGGUGACAGUAGAAAAAUAACCCUAUCCUGAAGGAUGCAGUCCCCCCAGCUGAGUGCAAGCAGCAGUGAGGCCUGGCCUGGCUGCCUUUGAGGACCGCACUGUAACAUCUUCUCCAAUUAAAAGUAAAAAACAUCCAAAAAAUAGUUACUUACUGCCUUAUAAUGUUUUGUAUUCUUGGUAGAGAAUUUGAAGAAAAAAGUUUCAAGAUUUUUGUUACAAAAAUUCAUGGUAUGAUACUGGGAGCUGCGUGGCUCAAUAUACAUAGUAUUUUACUAGACCUGUUUUUUUUCCUUCUCUUCCUCCUUCUCUGUACAAUAGAUAGAAUACAGGAAAAAAAGAUCUCCCUCAAAAAGCAUGAACUUGUUUCUUCACUGCUAAACUAGUUUGGAUUCUUGUGAAGUCUUUUUGUGUUUUCUCUUAGACAACAGCUGUGGUUUAGACUGCAUCGUGGCAACAUCGAUUUAUGACACACCCUUUCCUCUUAAACUUCCGGGUUGUCCCAUUUGAAUAUCUGAGCAGGGCCAAAGCACUGCAGCAUUUCUAGCUCUAGUGACGGAGGAUAAAUGGGUCACCUUCAGCCUGGGUGUCUAUUCCAGUCUCGAGUAUGGAUCCACGGCUGCUCAUUUUUCGGUCACUGGUGACUAUUUUCCAAAAGCCAUACAUUCCAGUUAGCAGACUGGCCGGCGCUAGCGGUGAACCCCCUCCCCCUCAAAAACUGCAAUGGACUUUUCGAAAUUGUGUUUUUAUUCUGACCUCUUGCCCCAUUGUAGUUUUCUGAUAGGGCGUGGCGCAACCUGGUAGUCUCCUUUAACCAGAGAUUUCUAAGGACAGAGAGGCGUAGAGUUGCUGCGGGGCUGUUUCUAUAGCACUUUGUACUAGUGAGUGGUGUACCAGUGGCGUCCCCUCAUUGGUUAGGUUUCAGAGUUCGCCUAAAAGACACUUUGUUUCAUGCACCGGCCUAGAGGCUCUGUAGGAACAGGGCUGGGCACAUCAAAAAAGGUUUAAAGUAUCUGGAUCAGGUUCACACCCCCCCCCUCUCCCCAUUUCUAUCCGGUUAUCACUUACCUCACCAAUUUGUGACCGGUCAGGUGCCCAUGAGGUCCUGGUUCUUUUAAUCACUGUGAAAGACAAGACAGAGGAGUAGUGUGGAAGGAGUACUGCUUAAAGGCCAUCCUACUGGCCAAUGACCCUCCCCAAUCACAAAACUCCUCCCAUUGUUACCCAGAAGGCCACGGGGAAGUACGUCAGCAAUACUUAAUAGCCAGGUAGGGGGACUAAGAGGAGACUGUAGCCUACACCCCCCCCCCCCCCCAUUCCAAAUGCCUUUUUUCAUUUCAGUUAACAGGCAAGGGUGUACUGUGUUGAGCAGCAUCUGGUCGCUUAUUUCGCAGGAGUAUUCGGAUGAUGUUGAUUGGGAAAAAGAUGUUCCUUCUGUGCAGCUGUUGUCAAGGCAAAAUGCUAUGCUACGAAAUACUAAUGUACUCAAUAACUGUACGUGUAUGUUCAUGAAUAAAUUGGUUAAACAUGUAAAA